CCAACAUGGCUGCGCCCGUGUGAGUCGACCUGUGGGAGUACCCGCCGCGGCUUUCUGGGAUACAGUGGGAGAGGCUGGCGGAGGAGAGAGCACACGCGUGGUGGGGACCCAUCCUGAGCCAAGCCGGAGUAUUGCCAUGGACAAGAACUGCCAAAGUAAUUACAAACUCAGUAAAACUGAGAAGAAGCUCUUAAGGAAACAGAUUAAAGCCAGGCAUACUUUGCUGAGACAUGAAGGCAUUGAGACAGUGUUCUAUGCCACUCAGAGCCUGAUUGUUGCCAAUGGUGGUUUGGGUAACGGUGUGAGUAGGAACCAGCUGUUCCCAGUUUUAGAGAAGUGUGGAUUGGUGGAUGCUCUCUUAAUGCCACCUAAUAAGCCCUACUCAUUUGUAAGAUACACAACUAUAGAAGAAUCCAAGAAAGCCUAUGAUACUCUCAAUGGAGAAGAAAUAGUGGAUGAUUUAGGACAAAAGAUCAUUCUGUACUUGAGUUUUGUGGAAAAAGCACAGUGGAAAGAGUUGGAGCUUCAAGCCUUACCUCCAGGCCUCAUGGUAAUAGAAGAAAUUAUUUCUUCUGAGGAUGAAAAAAUGCUUUUGGAAAGUGUUAACUGGACUGAAGAUACAGACAAUCAAAAUUUUCAAAAAUCCUUAAAACAUAGAAGAGUAAAACAUUUUGGCUAUGAAUUCCACUAUGAGAAUAACAAUGUAGAUAAAGAUAAACCAUUACCCGGGGGUCUUCCUGACAUUUGUGAUAGCAUUUUGGAGAAAUGGUUGAAGGAAGGUUUCAUUAAACGUAAACCUGAUCAGUUGACUGUAAACCAGUAUGAACCUGGGCAUGGGAUUCCUGCUCACAUCGACACACAUUCUGCUUUUGAGGAUGAGAUCAUUUCUCUAAGUUUGGGGUCAGAGAUUGUCAUGGAUUUUAAGCACCCAGAUGGUAUCACAGUGCCAGUUAUGUUGCCCUGUCGGAGUUUGCUGGUGAUGACAGGAGAAUCUAGAUAUCUUUGGACCCAUGGAAUCACACCCAGAAAAUUUGAUACUGUUCAAGCAUCCAGGGGUCACAAAAGUGGAAUUAUCACCGGUGAUGUUGAAGACUUAACUUUAAACAAGAGAGGAAUACGGACAUCAUUUACAUUUAGGAAAGUGAGGCAAACACCUUGUAAUUGUAGUUACCCUUUGGUUUGUGACAGCCAAAUGAAGGCGACUUCUCCAUCAUUUCCAGAGAAUGAUAAAGAAGCCUCACAACUGGAACAAGAAUAUGUCCAUCGAGUUUAUGAAGAGAUCGCUGGGCACUUCAGCAGCACAAGGCAUACCCCUUGGCCACACAUCGUGGCAUUUUUGAAAGAUUUGCCAAGUGGUUCAUUGGUUGCUGAUAUUGGUUGUGGAAAUGGGAAGUAUCUUGGCAUCAAUAAGGAAUUACAUAUGAUUGGCUGUGAUCAUAGCCAAAACCUUGUGGACAUUUGUAGAGAGAGGCAAUAUCAGGCCAUUGUCUGUGAUGCUCUGUCAGUACCAAUCCGCAGUGGGUCUUGUGAUGCUUGCCUCUCCAUUGCUGUUAUUCAUCAUUUUGCUACGGCAGAGCGUAGAGUGGCAGCUCUCCAAGAACUUGUCCGACUCCUCAGACCUGGCGGGAAAGCACUCAUUUAUGUCUGGGCAAUGGAACAAGAAUAUAAGAAGAAGAAGUCCAAAUAUCUUAGAGAAAAUAGAAUUAGCCAAGGAAAGAAAAAGGAGAUCAGCAGUCAUACACCAGUGGAAGAGUUGCCUGUGAAGCAAAUGCCUGAGGUGGGCAACCAAGAUGCAGCAUGUUCUGUCCCCUCCAAUAAUGACUUUCAGGAGGGAGGAUGUAAUUCGAGGAAAGUUACUAAUUCUAAGCUGCCUAUUCACACUAACAGGACUUCUUUUCAUUCUCAAGACUUGCUGGUUCCCUGGCACCUUAAGGGAAAUCCCGGUAAAGACAAAGCUGUUGAGCCAUUAUGUGGUCCAUUAGGAUCCCAUGACUCAGGUCCUGUGUUGCAUCGUUACUACCAUGUGUUCUGUGAGGGAGAACUGGAAGCUGCCUGCCAGACUUUGAGCAAUGUCAGCAUACUGCAAAGCUACUAUGAUCAGGGGAACUGGUGUGUGAUUCUUCAAAAGGUCUGAUUAUCUCUAUGAACAUAUCAUAUACGGGAAGAAAUGCUCAGCUUUUUUUAAAAAGGAGAUCAAACUACCUAUAUUUUUACUUAAAGAGAAAACUUGUGGAAGAGUUUCAAAGGAGAGUGUCUGAGAGAAAUUUGGAAGUAGAGAUUAGUUAGGAAAUAUUCAGUCUACUGCUAUUGUUCAUUUAAACCAUAAAUGUAGGCUUAUCCUACAGGGAGGAACAUGGAUGGUUUUUAGGAUACUUGGGAUCCUAGGGUAAGAGUGCAGCAUUUUGAAAAUAAACUUUUUUUUUUGGUCUCGCCUGUGACAUGUGGAAGUUCCCAGGCCAGGGAUCAAGCCCAAGCCACAGCGAUGACCCAAGCUGCUGCAGUGACAACACCACAUCCUUAACCUGCUGUGCCAUAAGGGAACUCUGAAGAUCAACUUUUGUUAUAAAGUACUACUAAAUGAGCUAAAUCAUGUGGAAUCUUAGGAAAGUAAUCAUAUAACAUUUUAAUUAAAAAAUUCCUGUUCAGGAGUUCCCGUCAUGGCUC